AUGGGCGGGGUGACUGCCUCUCGGUGGGGGACCAUCCUUUGGUGCAUUUUAUUCUUCUCACUUUUGGCGAGUAGCGCGUCCGUCGAAUGGGUUGCCACUGAGCAAUGCCCGCCCAGCGCUAGCUCACGCGGAAACUCAAGAUGGAAGAGGACGUUGGCAGAUACCCUCGCCGAAGGAGGCGAAGAGAUUGUAAACGACAACGGGCUGUCCAUAGCCCAAGUGGAAGAUAUGUGCAAAAAGAAAGACGCAAGUUUGUCGGAUAAAAUAUACGGCUUGUAUCUGCAUGACACGAAGGAUCUCUUCGUGGAGCUAAUCAAUUUCGUCAUGUACACGGAUUAUGAAGAGCAUGUGAAAACUGAGAAAAAGAUUUUCACAUCCACUCACCGUUCGUUAACAUUUAUGAAGGAAAAUAUAAAAAAAAAAAUGGAAGAAUUGAUUAAUUCAGCUAGGAAGUAUAUCGAUGAGCUGUUGGGAAGUUACGAUUUUUUAGACAAAAAUGAGUGGGAGUCCAUAUCUAAGUUAAAUUUAUUCUUAGAUAUAAAUGGAGACCAGGAUGUGUUGUUGAUAAAUGGAAGGGAUAUAUUUUUUCACGUGAUGGAAGUGAGUUUCACGAAAAUAAUUCCCCUAAAUACGCAGGACGUGUUGGAAAAUGUUACUGAAUUGUUUAAACAUAAUAAGAAUAUUUAUGAAGAGUAUGAAAAGAAAGUUUUUAAGAUUGAAAAGGACAUAAAAACAUUUUUAGGAACUGGAGGGAAUAGGUUUCCCCUGAAUUAUACCCACUGGAAUAAUAGCUACAUUAAUAUUACCCAGAAUGUGGCAGUGAGAGCUUUUAUGGAUGAUUUUUACAGCUAUUUUGGCCGCCUAGAAAGGAAGCUCCUAUAUAACCCUAAGAGAUUGACAAGGAUAGACAUAUCCUUCUUAGAUGGGACGUUGGAAGCGAUUAAUAACAUUAUAAAAUCCACAAUUGAACACAAAACGGAGAUGUUAUUUAGUCUCUUAAACGGCAUAUUUGAGGGAGAUUUAAGGUCCAUUUUGGGUUUUUUCACCCACCUAUUUGAUACAGAACGUAAGAAGAACGAAGUGGUUUUAAAAGCCAUUGAGACAGAAAAGGCGGGGAUGAUGUACGACAGUAACUUUCUAUUCGACGUAGAAUCUUUAUAUGUGGAAGAAAAAAAAGAUAUACAAAAUGCCUUGUCCAAAUUCAGCCAUUUUAUGAAAGUCAAUUUUGGUUUCGAUGUGGGCAGCACAAGUGUUCACUUGCUCAAAAGUAAAAUUGAAGACGCGGAGGUGGAGCAGAAGGAGCAGCAAAUUAUGAAGCUGUUCAAAAUUAUCGUCCACGAAUUGUUGUGUAGAAAACAAGUUAUCGAAUUUUUUGCCCUUGUAAAUUCGCUGAAGAAAAACUCCAAAACGGUCAUCUCCUAUUUUAGGAAAGUUUGGGGCUGCCUGACCACCAAAAAUGACACUUGCAUAUUUAUCGAAACGAGGAGGUUGAUUCCGCUCAUGUCUAGGUAUACAGAAAUUAGGGAAAAAAAUAACUGCGAUUUUAAACACAAUGACAGUGAAGAAAAUGUAGUAGAUCUGAUGAAGGAUAUAAAGAGUACGCUCUACCGAUAUAGGAUUGCCAUCAAAAUAUUGUUCCUGCUGAUUGAGGACCUCAAGUUGGCCAAGCAGCUUAACGUCGACUAUGAACGGCUGGUCAGGGAGAAGAAGAAAGCGCAGAAGGAAAAUUACGACAGCAGGGAGAGGGACAGGGAGAAAAGGGAGAAAAUUUACAAAAAGGCCGUCGAGGAAUGGACCAGCAAGUUGGAGACCAAGAAGAGCGCCAUCGACUCGAACAAGAACGCCAUCAUAUUCUACCUCUGCUUAAUUAAGGAGUUCAAACUGGGUUAG